UCCCAUCCAUUAUUCCCACUGCUACUGCAGAAAGAUAGAGCGAGAGGGGCUGUGGGCAUCACACCACCCUGACAAAAGUUCCAGUAAUUUUCCUAUCUUUCUUUUCGGUUUUGCUUUCUCAGAAUCCAAACGCUACGCCUGUUAUUUACUGGAAGAAAACAGAGCAGCUUGGUGUUUGUUAGAGAGAGAGAGAGAGAUAGGGAGAGAGUUUGGACGUUGCUUUGAUGGGAGAAAUUAGAGGGAAAAUGGGUGAGAAAGACGAUGGGUUGGGGUUGGGAUUGGGAUUGGGUUUGGGUUUGGGCUUACGGUGUGAUGGGAGUCGGAGUUCUCUGAAAGUGAGUCCCAUGCACAACCCUUCACAGUUGGUGCAGAAACACAAGAGUUCUUGGAAUGAGAUGUUUCAUUUACCUGAUCGAAACCCAGAUGCGAGGUCGACGUUCCUGGGUGGAGUGGACGUGAACCAGUUGGCGGACUGUGAGGAUGAAAAUGCGGUUUCUUCACCGAACAGCACGAUAUCGAGCAUCAGCGGAAAGAGGAGCGAGAGAUCAGAGCCAAACGGAGAAGAAAAUGAGGCUGACAGGGAUUCGUGCCCUCGCGAGAGCGACGAGGAAGAUGGCGGCGACCCGUCAAGAAAGAAACUCAGGCUGUCAAAGGAGCAGUCUUUGGUUCUGGAGGAGACCUUCAAAGAGCACAAUACUCUGAACCCGAAGCAAAAGAUGGGUUUGGCAAAGCAGCUGAAUCUGAGCCCCAGACAAGUGGAGGUGUGGUUUCAGAACAGGAGGGCAAGGACCAAAUUGAAGCAAACAGAGGUGGAUUACGAGUACUUGAAGAGGUGUUGUGAGAAUCUAACGGAGGAGAACAGGCGGCUUCAGAAGGAGGUGCAGGAGCUUAGAGCACUGAAACUCUCCCCGCAGUUUUACAUGCACAUGAACCCUCCCACCACCCUCACCAUGUGCCCUUCAUGUGAGCGUGUGGCUGUCUCAUCUUCCUCCACGGCUGCCCCGAUUGGCCCGACCCCUCGCCUGGUGGUUCCCAACGUCCAACGGCCCAUACCCAUUAACCCGUGGGCAAAAGUACCAUUCGAUGCACCCACUUCACGAUCGUGAUUCCUUACUCGAGUAAGGGCAUUGCGGUCAAGCUACGGAGUCGAAGCAAGGGCAGUGUGGUCGUCAGGAGAUAAAGAUAAUUAAUUGGAUAUGAUUUGGUCAACUGAAGAAUUGGGCAUAUGAGCAUAUCCAAUUUUCUCAAGUCAAGUCAAGAUAGAGCAAAAAGAAAAGAUUCCAAAAGGUGGCCUAGAUAAGAUAAGAGAACAUUUUUGGUCAUGCAUGUCAAGUAGGAUGACAACACAACUCCCACCCCAAGGAAGAUGAUCGAGUAGGAUGAUUUUAGUGGCAACAAUGAGAUUCUGAAACGUUAUUUUUUCUUUUCUUUUCUUUUCAAUUGCUAUUGUCAGUUGAUUAUAUAUGAAGAUUUAUACAAGGAUUUUCUAUUUUAACGAA